AUGUUUCUCAACACAGUUCUGGUGGUUGUGACAGACCUUUGGGCUGGACUGCUUGGUAGUGCCAUAUUCAGACACCCUUUUCACCUCCUGUUGUCAGGCUUGGUUCUGUUUGGACCAGUGCGGAGUCUGUGGGUGUCCAAGUACAGCAUCUUUGCAAACAGAAACCACUACCUCUGCAGGAUGUUCCUGUGAUCAUGCUGGGGUUGGGCCUGUGUCUUCACGGACUCCUUCCUCUUCUCCAUCUGUCGAUAGCCCCCUCUCUCCCUUCGCCACCUCUCACAGAUAGCUGUCAUGGGAGUGCUGUGGUGGUGCUGUCACCAUCUUCUGACUCUGCUGGAGAAUGCAGCAGGUAGCGGCUACAAGCCAAUGCCUGCUACACUGGAUGGGGGCCUGAAUCUGGGCCAGGGAACCAGUGUCCCAGGUCAGUCUUUACUCUUGCUCCAUGAGGGCAAGGCCUCAUGCCUGAAAACAGGCAUGCUGUUGCGAGGCUUGGAGGUCUCAGAGGACACCCUCCUCCUCUGCUGCCUCCUCCUGGCCGAGGAGACUGCCAUAUUGGGGCCCUACCUGCCCUAGGAGGGCCUGCUCUGUGUCUCCCUGCGGGGCUUGUGGCUGAUCAUGCUGUUCUGUCUGCUGGCUCACUUACCAAGGUUCCCCUCCCAGCUGCUGGGGGGAGCUCUAGGAUAUCUGGGCUGGAGGGGGCUGUAGCAGGGCUGGUAUCAUUUGCAACCCAGGUGA